UCUUUGCUUUGCCUUCUUUCUAGUAAGUGCCGUCGUUGUCGUUGUCAUCAUCAUCGUCGUCGUCCGUCGUCUUGGUCUUCUUUUUUUUUUUUGGCUGGUGCCCUAGCUCUGUGCUUCUGGUUAUAAAAUCACAGAAGAAAAGACAACAGAAGCAAAGAAUACAAAAAAAAAAAAACAAAGGAAACAAAUCUUUUGCCGCAUCCCAAAGAGAGUAACCGUACCGAGCGAUUUUUUUUUAUUUUCAAUCUUUCAAUGAAUAUUUAACCAAACUGAUUCGGUUUAGAGUUUGUUUCCUAACCAUUUUUACCUGUUAUCAUCAUUUUAUUAACCUAUUUGGUCUAAAUUUGUGAUGAAAACUAAAAGAAACAACGGUAAAGGCGCGUUUUACUAAGUGCAAACUGAAACUACUCUAUCCCCAGGAAGCAGCAAACCUCUCUCCAAAAAAAUGGCGACAAGAGUGACCUAUAAUUACUUGUAAUCUCGUCCUUUUCAAAAAUCCAGCUAAAAAAAGUUGCAACAAAAAUUCUAGGACAAGGGAUAUUUUUCGUUUAAGCCAUCGCCAAGUCCACAAGCUUACAUCAAGAACCCACAAGAAACCCAUCAUCAACCUCCUACCCCUCGCCCCUCAUUCACCACAACAUUCAAUCAUCAUUGCCACCUAGAGAAAGGCACCUAGAAGAUCAUUUUUUGAGGAUUAAAAUGCAACAGCAACUGCACUACUAAUAUUUUUAAAUCCGCAUCAUUCCGUUUUAGUAAAAAAUCACCGAAAAAAAUGGAUCGUCUUAGGCGAUCGUUUCGCGAUUCAUUCCGCCGUAGAAAGGAUCGCGUUCCCGAAUCAUCAAAACCACAUCAAUGGCAAGCAGACGAACAAGCAGUCAGAUCGGCCACAUGCUCGUUUGCUGUAAAAUAUUUGGGCUGUGUAGAAGUGUUUGAAUCUCGGGGUAUGCAAGUUUGUGAGGAGGCAUUGAAAGUAUUGAGGAGCUCCCGACGUCGUCCCAUUCGUGGUCUACUGCAUGUCAGCGGUGAUGGGUUGCGUGUUGUCGAUGACGACACCAAAGGUCUCAUCGUUGACCAAACCAUCGAGAAAGUCAGUUUCUGUGCUCCGGAUCGCAAUCAUGACCGUGGCUUCAGUUACAUCUGUCGCGAUGGCACAACUCGUCGCUGGAUGUGUCAUGGCUUCUUGGCCUGCAAGGAUACCGGCGAGCGAUUGUCGCAUGCUGUGGGAUGCGCCUUUGCCGUUUGCUUGGAGCGUAAACAACGCCGCGACAAGGAAUGUGGGGUAACGAUGACUUUUGAUAUGAAAAAUUCAACAUUUACUAGAACUGGCUCAUUCCGGCAGCAGUCGCUCACCGAACGCCUUGCUAAUGCCAAUGAACGAGGAGUUGACAUCAAUGGCGGAACAACGCCAUCGGCUGUGGUUCCACCUCAGCCCAAGCCCUAUAAUCCAUUCGCAAUUGAGCGACCACACGCUAAUCCGACAAUGUUGGAGCGACAAGGUUCAUUCCGGGUGAUCGGUAGUCAGUCACCGUUCAAACGACAAAUGUCGCUGCGCAUCAAUGAUCUUCCGUCCAAUGCGGAACGACAAAAGGCAUUUUUGGAUGCCGGUGGAGCCGCUCUAACCACUCCAAAUCGCAAUGUCUCACCAAUUCCAGAGAUAUCACCAUUGAGAUCGCUCACCGAAGUGGAUACUGUUAGCCAGCUGUGCCAGGAACUUAGCCAAGGAUUGUCAUUGCUCACCCAGAGUGAUUCUGACGAUCUGAAUUUUAACAAUAACCUGAGCAUUAAUCAAAAUAUAUUAGCCGAGAAGCAUAAUAUUAUGAAUAAUCCUGCGGCAGUUACUCCUAUUUUACACAGUAGUAACAAUGGUUAUAGUUCCAUUUUGGAUCGGGUUACUACAAAAACACCACCCACAGCUCAAGUGUCUCCGCGUGUAACUUCCAGUCCACCGACAGCGGUGGCGACAGUUGUAGUUACUCCAACAACAGCAAUUACAACCCCUCUAACCACACCCAGUUCUCCGUUGGGUGUUGCUGCUUCGCCAAGGACGGUUCCGGUUGAAGCGGUAACACCACUUCCUAAUGCCGACCAAUGGUUGGGCCAAGUAGUUAAAAGUACAUCUCCAGCUCCGAUAUUGAAGCGACCACCAACAUUGUCGUUGCAAUCGCGAGCCAAGUCGAUGAGUGCCGCUCCAAUGUCGUCGGCUCUGUCUCCCAAUGAUCCGUUCGAUGCUGAAUGGGUGGCGGGAGUGACAAAGGCGACAACGCCUGAAAAACAUCAUAAUACAAAUCCGUUUAUAUCGCCGCCGAAGGCACCUGUGCAAUCGUUUCAGGUGCAACUGUAGGAUAUAAGUUUUUGUUUAUUCGAAAAAUAAAAAAAAUAUUAAAUUUAUAAAAAAAUAUUAAAAAUUAUUAUAAUAACUGCACUACCACUGCAAAAGAGAGGGGGGGGAAUCUUUAAAUUAAUUGUUUUUGUUUAAUUUUUUUUUAAAUUAAUUGUUAUUUGUUAUUGAUGAUCAGCAAAAAAAAAAACUAAAAAUUGUUUUAUAUAAAAAAAGAUAAUUACCAUAUUUCCUAAGUUUUAAGCCAAUAAGAGAGAUAGAGAGAAAAAAUAGAGCUUUUGAGUCAUAGUUUUAUAGAUGAGCUUUUUGUAUAGAAAGAAGCUUUUGAAAAUUGAAUUUUUCAUAGUGAUCUUGACUUUGACUUAAACAAGUAUUAAAAGCUUAGAAAGAGCUUUUUCAAAAAUCUUUUCAAACUCUAGUUGCGGUGUCUUUUCAUAAAUCCUUUUGAUUUCUAUUUACUGUAUUCAAUAAUAAGCUUUUUGAUCAUGAAAGCUUUUUCACCAAAAAUUUUUCAAAAGCUUUUUUUUUUCUUAAACCCUCCCUUUUUCUUGAAAAAAAAUUUAAUGAACUUGACAAAAAUUAAGCUCAAAAGCUCUCAAAUAUUUUUUCUCCAGUUCUCUUUUAUUGGCCUCUUAAAUUUUCCAAAUUAAAAAAAUUUCUUCUUUAAUACCUAUAUUUUUAUAUCUUUUCUUCCUUUUUUUUUUCUUUGUACAAAUUGUAUUAUAUUUAUAUAUGUAUGUAUGAAAUUUAAAGUAUUUGUAUUCACAUUAAUUUAGAAAAGACAAAAAAAAAAGAA